CCUACACAAUUGCGUGCAAGCAACGAGGGACGCCUCUCAAAUUCUCUCCUACCCAUAAGAGUGGUUGAGCUGCAAACCUCACUUCCUCUAAUACUCCAUUUUUGGAUUUCUUCUAUUCUCUGCAUUACUCUUCCUGUUUUAUGUUAUCUCUGAACUAUAGUUAGACCAACGAAUAUUCGCUAUUUUAAAAAAAAAAAAAAAAAAGAAUAAAAACUCUUAGAGAAAGCAACCUGAGCUAGAAGCUUCACCUCGUCCUUUUUCUAAACUUCUGUGUGUAGUUCUUUAUAUUUUGAUAUUAAACUGAUGAUAAUUUAGUGAUGACAUUAAUGGCUGCCAUGAGCAGCGUUAAAUCAUAUUUUCCAGGGAAUUUUCACAAGGCCGAGGAAAGUAAUGUGAUGGUGGCCAAGGCAGGGAAUUCACAAAGCAGCCUUAGUUUGAUUGCACAGAAAAUUCCAAGGUGUUCCGUGAGAGCAAGUGCUGGGAAUCCCCAAAGCGUGGACAUAAUCAAUGGAAAAAAGGUGAACGGGGUACAUGUAGCGGAAACUCCAGAUGUAAGGAAGAUGAAUAUGGACGAUAAUAUUGUUGAUGGUCAACCCCUUCAUACAUGCUUACUUGGUAGGUUUCUAGAGGAAAGGCUGAUCUAUAGACAGACCUUCGUUAUUAGGUCUUACGAGAUUGGACCUGACAAGACAGCCACCAUGGAAACAUUGAUGAAUUUUCUUCAGGAGACUGCACUUAACCAUGUCACAAGCUCUGGGCUAGCCGGAAACGGCUUCGGCGCUACCCGGCAGAUGAGCCUCAGAAAACUGAUUUGGGUAGUCACCCGCAUCCACAUUCAAGUAGAAAGAUACAGCUGCUGGGGAGAUGUUGUCGAGAUCGAUACUUGGGUUGAUGCAGAUGGGAAGAAUGCAAUGCGCAGGGACUGGAUAAUCCGAGAUUAUAAUACACAAGAGAUCAUAACAAGAGCAACAAGCACAUGGGUUAUCAUGAACAGAGAAACAAGAAAGCUAACGAAAAUCCCAGAACAAGUCAGGCAAGAGGUGGAACCAUUCUAUACAAACAGGAUUGCAAUAUCUAGGGAGAACAACGAUGUUGUGAAAAUCAGUAAGCUUACUGAUGAAACUGCGGAGAGAAUCCAAUCUGGCUUAGCUCCAAGAUGGAGCGAUAUGGAUGCCAAUCUGCAUGUAAAUAACGUCAAAUACAUAGGAUGGAUUUUGGAGAGCGUUCCAAUAAAUGUACUGGAAGAUUACAAUCUCGUAAGCAUGACCUUGGAGUAUCGGCGUGAGUGUCGACAAUCGAAUCUGUUGGAGUCCUUAACAACCACAACUGCAGAUCUGAAUAAUAACUCUUGUAAUCGAGAAGCAGAGGUGGAAUAUACGCACUUGCUUCGCAUGCAAAACGACAAAGCAGAGAUUGUCCGAGCAAGAACAGAAUGGCAAUCCAAAAAUAAUGUGAUUUUUAACUAGAAAUAUGCUCUUCUUGGUUUUGUAAUUCCCUUGUUGCUAUAUUUACAUUUGUUUUGAUGUGAGAACAAUAAUACAUGGGAUUGAUUCAUUUGCACA